CAGUACUGCAUUAGUUCACAAAAGAGUCGCCCGCGCCUCCUUGGUCGCACGAGGGCAAAGGAGAUAUAUUUAAAUUUAGAAUCCCUUCCUCCGCCCUUGAGGCAAAAACUUUUUUGGACUUUUUAUGGCGUUUCUUGCGAAUUCGCCGCGGCCAGUUUCUUGUGAACCGUUUGAAGUGAUAUCAAAAGUUUAAUUUAUAAAAUAAGGAAAAAUGUCUCAUUCGCAUUAUAGAGUGAACGAUGAUAUUUAUGGGAAAAUAUUGAAAACAAAUAAGACGUCGCCGCCUAAAAAUAUACAAUACGAAGAAGUGUAUGAAGCUGUUGGUGGAUUGGAUGCGCUGCUCGCCGACCUUCAGAACUCCAUUAACCCUGGUCCCAGGGUAGGCAGUCCGGGUGGCAGGAGUUCUCCAGGGGGCAGAACAGCUUCACCUGGAAGGACCAGCUCUCCUCUAGGCAGAGGAAGCUCCCCUGGACGCCUGAGUUCUCCGGGAGGCAGUUUAAAUUCACCCUCGUCUACGGGCUAUGGCUCCAUAAAUGGAUCUAGGAAUAUAUCUUCAGAUUAUACUAAACCUGCUUCGCCCACCUAUCAAAACACAUCAUCGCUCCACGAGAAAGUGGUUCCAGUCAAAUACAGCACAACCCAGUCAAGCUAUGGUAACCACACGACGAACUACAACCCUCCACAGCCGGGAUACGGUUCCACUGGGUCCAAUAGGAGCGGACGGGGUAACCUGACUGAGCUGGACACCCUACUCGAUGAUCUGAGCAAUGCGAGAUACGGGAAUUAUGUGGACAAGUCUACGUAUAGUGAACGGAAUGUAUCUAAUGGCUACGCCCGCACCAAUGGCACAGCCAGUCCUGCAUCCUCCAGACCCACGGUGGACUCUCUGCUCGAUCAACUUAGCGCAGACCUGCCCAAUGGUCGCGCUUCAACAUCACCAAUCCCGCCAUCUCAAGGAGGUACCCUCCCUCGGCCCGGCACCAAACAAGUGACAGUCACCGUGCAAGAGACGGUGGUGGAACCAGCUCAGUCGCAGCAGCAGCCUCCCCCCACCAUGGCGGCGGUGCGUCACCAUCAUCACGCAUCCAAUGCUACUAAGGAGUUGGAUGAUCUGAUGGCAUCGCUUUCUGAUUUCAAAGUGAGCGGCACAGGAGGUGAUAGCGGUACCCACGUAUAUCGCGAAAAGCGUGCGUGGCAAGAGCACUACCGCAGCAACCCGCGGCAACCAGAGUCCGCCUCUCUAGAGCAUAUGCUCGGAUCCCUUCGAGCAGACAUGAGCCGCCAAGGAGUACAAACCCCCCAAAAGGGAUGCUGCAACGCCUGCGAUAAGCCCAUCGUCGGACAGGUCAUCACCGCGUUGGGUCGCACGUGGCACCCUGAGCACUUCACCUGCGCUCACUGCAACCAGGAGCUGGGCACCAGGAACUUCUUCGAGCGCGACGGCAGGCCGUACUGCGAGCCUGACUACCACAACCUGUUCUCGCCAAGAUGCGCUUACUGCAAUGGACCAAUUCUCGACAAAUGCGUAACAGCUCUGGAAAAGACCUGGCAUACGGAGCACUUCUUCUGUGCUCAGUGUGGCCAGCAGUUCGGUGAGGAUGGUUUCCACGAGAGGGACGGCAAGCCUUACUGCCGCAAUGACUACUUCGACAUGUUCGCGCCGAAGUGCGGCGGCUGCAACAAGCCCAUCAUGGAGAACUACAUCUCAGCACUCAACACACAGUGGCACCCUGACUGCUUCGUAUGCAAGGAAUGCCGUGAGCCAUUCCACGGUGGUUCGUUCUUCGAGCAUGAAGGUCAGCCUUACUGCGAGACUCAUUACCAUGGGAAGCGGGGUUCUCUCUGCGCUGGAUGCCACAAGCCCAUCGCAGGCCGCUGCAUCACGGCCAUGUUCAGGAAGUUCCAUCCCGAACACUUCGUCUGCGCCUUCUGCCUCAGACAACUCAACAAAGGAACCUUUAAAGAACAAAACGACAAGCCUUACUGUCACACGUGCUUCGACAAACUCUUCGGUUAAAACAUGACAUGUGACGUCACAGUGCAGGACCGUCGAACACGUUCCAUAUUCAAACUUUCUAAGUAGAUAUCGAUUAGCGAUUGUCUUUGAACUGUGAGCGUUCGAUAUAUGAAUAAAUAACGAAUGGCAAUGAGAAUGCAGAUCGAUUAUAUCGAUUUAUGAUUGCAGUAUUUUUAAUGUGAAAUGUUCAAAUGAAGGCAAAGGUUCUAAUUAUUAUAACUAAGUGUCGACUGUAAGUCGGGCUAGUGCCAUACAAGAUAAAUGUAUGAUAUUAAUAUCGCUGUUUACGUCGUAACAUGUAAUGAAUCACUAACUUUAUUUAUGUUAUAAAAAUCUGUUUCAACCUAUCAUUUUAAUGAUAUGAUGACACGCGCGUAUGAAUGGUCUAGAAAUAUAUAAAAAAUGAGAUUAUUUCAAGGACAAAGCAAAAUGUAAAUAAUUCUUUAUCGAAUGAUAUUGCCAAUUGGAUAAAUAAAACGACAAGAUAAAAUAUUCAUGAGGUACAUCACGACUUCUUUUGUUACAACCUUCUUUAAUAUUCCUACAAUUACACCUGUAAUAAUUAAAAAGAUAAGCAGGUCUAAUAAUAAAAUAUACCAUUAUUUCAAUUUUAUUGCACGGGUGUUUUCUUUAAUUACAAUUUUAAAAUUCCCGAUAACUGCGUAAAUUUUCAAGGUUUCUGAUAAUGGCAUAUAGGUUUAUACACAGCGAUAAUUUGAAUACUAUUCAGAACGAUAAGACAUUUUAUAUUUUAUUUCAGAAUAAAACCUUUGGAAUAAGGCAAAUCAGAAAAUGAUGAAAUCUUGACUCAUAAUUAUAUUAUAAACUUAUCUUUCUAGCGUUUCCCUGUUCAAGACUAUAGUCGGAUAUUUUCUUAUACUUAUCACAAGCAAAAAAUGCGUAAUUCAGAAGAGUCGAGUUCAAAAAGUUGAUGAUGUACUUCUAAAAUAUUUCCUUUAUAAAACAAGUAGAUAAAUAAAAUAAUAAUUAUAUUAGACACAGGACUAAUGUCUGACAAUUAGAUAAACACAAUUGAACGUACAAAAUGAUCACAGCCAUACAUACAUAGAUGUAUGUUUAUUACAAUUAUUUAUAAUGUAUAAAAAUGUUCAUACAACCUAGUGAGAUGUGAAUAAAAAAGAAAUUUAACAAAAAUUAAAAGCUCACAGUAUAACAGUCUAGUAAAUAUCGAUGUAGUUUUUACUAGUGCAUGUGAUUUAAACUAAUUAAGUAUAGUGUUUAUACUAAAACUAAAAAUUGUUCUAAGAAUAGAUAGGAUACAAAUUUUGGAAAUGUUAUUGCAAAUAGUGCUACAAAUGUACGGUCUAAUAUGUCUCAGACAUUCGAUUUAGAUAAGGCUUAGUAUGCAAUUUUUGAUUAAGGAAAACACGACGGAUUUUAAUAUGAAGUACUUGUAUGACUCUCGAAAGUUCUGCAGUUUAUUAAAAUGAUUUGGAAUUUAUUGAAUCUGUGUCUUACGUCGAUGUAAUAAAAGUCAAAAUCGCUCGAACUUAUACGAUUUCAGCAAAAUCUAUUUAAAAAUUGAAUUUGUUACGCAUUGAUGGAUUUCACAUGAUGGUCGAUAUCAUCCGUCGUGUUUCUCUAUGGAACGAAUAAUAGUGCUGCUAUGACAAUCCGAUAGUUUUACUUGCAUUUUUAUAAUUUAUGUUAUACGCUUUCAGUAAUGUAAUCGAUCCGACUCAAUUAUAUCGAUAAGUUGUGUAUCUUCCAUUAGCGUUACGCUGUACAGUUAUUUGCUAUGUUGUUAUUAUAUUUUUAUUACUCCAUUUUACGUUAUUGCUUCGAACUUCGUUAGAAAGUGCCAAACGUAUCGAGCUGGAUUAUAAAGGUUGGCGCUCACGGUCCCACACCAACAAUAGGGUAGUGUCCAGGGUCGAAAUAAUGAAAUAAUAUUUAGUCCGCUUUUUAGAUAAUCAAAAAAUAUUGGAUACGUAUUUUUUCUUUUUUUAAUUAAACAUAAAAUGACAAAGAUAAUACACUUCAAAAAUUAGGAGUGGGGGCCUUUUACGUCACAGUGUCCUGAAAAUUGUAGCAACUUGUGACGUCACACUCAACUUUAACACGCUAUAUCUUAACAAGUUCUGAUCCAAUUUAAAAAAGAAAAAAUACGUAUCGCUUAAUUUUGGACAAUCUACAAGACGGACUAAUUAUUAUUUUUUAGGAAACUAGCCUAUUUAGCAGCGUAGAACUUAUUCAAAUUCAAAUUUAUAUUAUACAUUAUAAAAUUAUAAUAAAACUUGUUUAAUCGCCAUUUAAAUACACGAAAGAGGAAAUAACAGUUUUACCUCUAUUAUACAAAAACAAAUGACUAAUCAAGUUUUCCUUAACGUAAGGAAAAAAACAUAUGUUAUCUCAAUAGCAACAACGAUAUCGCAAUAAAAUUGUAACUUCAACACGUUUUGUGUUGGUUCGUGAGCGUUAGCACUAAGUUUAUCGCUUCAGCCCGCUUGAUAACGAUAAUGAAUGCAGCCGGCGAACCGUGGCUAGUUAGUAACGUAAUAACGUACCGUACGAAAAUGUAAUCUAUGAGACACGAUUUUAUUGAAUCUGUAAUAUUUUAACAAAUAUAUUUAAUGUUUUUUUAA